UCGGCGGUCCCCCUGCGCCGCGUCGCGCGCCGACUGACUGCGCGAAACCAUGGCGGGCGCCCAGCGCGCCAAAGCCGACACGCUAGCCCUGCGGCGGCGGCUCCUCAGCUCGUCCUGCAAACUCUUCUACCCCGAGGCUCCCGUUAGGAUUGUGCGUGGCCAAGGGCAGUACCUGUACGACGAGCAAGGGGCACAGUACCUCGACUGCAUCGGCAACGUGGCACAUGUGGGGCACUGCCACCCUCUCGUGGUCCAAGCUGCACAUGAACAGAACCAGAUGCUGAACACCAACAGCCGGUACCUGCAUGAUAACAUCGUGGACUAUGCACAGCGGCUGUCGGAGACCCUGCCAGAGAAGCUCUGUGUGUUUUACUUCCUGAAUUCUGGGUCAGAAGCCAACGAUUUGGCCCUGCGGCUAGCGCGCCAGUACACAGGACACCAGGACGUGGUGGUGCUGGACCAUGCUUACCAUGGCCACCUGAGCUCCCUGAUCGACAUCAGUCCCUACAAGUUUCGGGACCUGGACGGCCAGAAGGAGUGGGUCCAUGUGGCACCUCUCCCAGAUACCUACCGGGGCCCCUACAGGGAAGACCACUCCAACCCAGCUGUUGCCUAUGCCAAUGAGGUCAGCCGUGUUGUCAGCAGCGCACAGGAGAAGGGCCGGAAGAUUGCAGCCUUCUUUGCGGAGUCGCUGCCCAGUGUCGCUGGGCAGAUCCUUCCCCCUGUGGGCUACUUCUCCCUUGUGGCACAGCACAUCCGCAGGGCCGGAGCAGUGUUCGUAGCAGAUGAGAUCCAGGUUGGCUUUGGUCGAGUAGGCAAGCACUUCUGGGCCUUCCAGCUGCAGGGGGAGGACUUUGUCCCCGACAUUGUCACCAUGGGCAAGUCCAUUGGCAAUGGCCACCCUGUUGCCUGCGUGGCCACCACCCAAGCUGUAUCGAGAGCGUUUGAAGCCACUGGUGUGGAGUAUUUCAACACGUUCGGAGGUAAUCCUGUGUCCUGUGCAGUGGGGCUGGCUGUCCUAGAGGUUUUGGAGAAGGAACAGCUCCAGGCUCAUGCUACCUGCGUGGGCAGCUUCCUGAUGGAGCUCCUCCAACAGCAGAAAAAAAAGCACCCCAUCAUUGGGGAUGUCAGGGGCAUUGGACUCUUCAUUGGUGUGGACCUGGUGAAAGAUGCAGCCACGAGGACACCAGCCACUGAAGAGGCAGAUUACUUGGUAUCCAGGCUGAAGGAGGACUACAUCUUGCUGAGCACAGACGGCCCCGGGAGGAACGUGCUAAAGUUUAAGCCACCCAUGUGCUUCAGCAGGGACAAUGCUCAGCACGUGGUGGCAAGGCUGGACACCAUUCUAACAGGUAUGGAAGAGACACUGAGAAGCUGCGAGACACUGAGGCCUCAGGCCUGAGCCAGCCAGCUGCGGCAGGCCCAUCCUCCAGAUGUUAACUUCCCUCACACUCAGGUGGCUACUCGCUCAUUAGCCCGCCCACCCUGCAGCUCGGCCUUGAAGAUGCAGCUCAGGCUUUGGAGUCAGAGGGCCUGGGAUGGAAGCGCCUGGCACAGCUCUGCCCUACCCUUUGGCCCCACCCAGCCCUGGGUUGCCCAAGUCUCAAGACAGCCACGGAGCCAAGCACAACCCGGCAUGCCAACACGCGCUCUCUGCAGUGGGGCCCCAAGCAGGACUACGCCAGGCUGCCCCAGUCCAAGGGGCCACAGAGCACAAGCACAUGGCUGAUCCGGAAAACCGCUCCCAAUUCCACCUCACACUGCCCACCCACCACUGCUACAGGAAAACACCAGGAGCUGCCCAGAGACAAGCACGGAAGACACCCUGCGACCAAGGAGAGGACCCAUCUUCAUCCAGAUUC